CAUUUCUCUCCAUACACAACCCCUUCACUCUCUUCUUCUUUCUUUUGUUUCUUCAUAUUCAUACGUUUCCUCUCCUAUAUAAACACUUCACUGCUGCAUUUCAUAACAUAUAACAAUCAUGGGUUUCGGACAUAUCAAAUUUCUUUCUGCUGCUUCUCUCUUGUUUGUAAUCUCGAUGCUUUCAUCAUCGGCCGAGGCUAAAGAAUGUGGCAAAUGUGUUUUUCAAUCCAAAGCUGCUUUCUUCUCUAGUCCUUCUGCACUCUCAUCUGGGGCAUGUGGAUAUGGUUCAUUGGCGCUAGGAUUCAGUGGGGGUAAUCUUGCAGCUGCAGUUCCUAGUGUUUACAAAAAUGGUGCUGGUUGUGGUGCUUGUUUUCUGAUUAAAUGCAAGAACUCGAAACUUUGUAGUAAAGAAGGAACAAGAAUUGUAGUAACUGAUCUUAACAAGAGUAAUGAGACAGACUUUGUGCUAAGCUCUGAUGCUUUCAAGGCUAUGGCGACCAAGGGCAUGGGGGACUCUCUUCUCAAACAUGGGAUUGUCGAUGUGGACUAUAGAAGAGUACCUUGUGAUUAUAAAAACAAGAACUUAGCUAUAAGGGUGGAAGAAUCAAGCAACAAGCCAAAUUACCUGGCAAUCAAAUUCCUCUACCAAGGUGGUCAGACUGAAAUCGUUGCAGUUGAUGUUGCUACGGUUGGUGCUGCAAAUUGGAAUUUCAUGAGCCGAAACUAUGGCGCGGUUUGGGACACAAGUAGAGUGCCGAAAGGGGCGCUGCAGUUCCGGUUUGUGGUGACACAAGGAUUUGAUGGAUUACAGUUGUGGGCAAACAAAGCAGUGUUACCAGCUGAUUGGAAGACUGGUGUGAUUUAUGAUACUGGUGUUAAGGUCACAGAGAUUGCCCAGGAUGGUUGUUAUCCUUGUUAAGAUUAGACCUCCUCUGCUAACAUAUUAUAUUAAUUCUAUCACAUAUACUUGAUCAUAGACUUUCUUCUUUAGAUAUAUGUUAACGGAUGACUAGCUAUAGUCAUAUAAUUACAUAAAUUAAAGAAACAGAGACUUUUAUAA